UUGGACAAGGAUGAACGCCAACUUCCAAGAUGGCAGCGGAGGGAGGAGGGAAGGAGACGAACGAAAUUAAAACUCAGUUUACCACCCGGGAAGGCGUCUACAAGCUCCUCACGCACUCCGAGUACAGCCGCCCGAACCGGGUGCCCUUCAACUCGCAGGGCUCCAACCCCGUCAAGGUCUCCUUCGUCAACGUAAACGACCAGUCCGGAAACGGGGACAGGAUCUGUUUUAAUGUGGGCCGGGAACUGUACUUUUACAUCUACAAAGGCGUGAGGAAGGCUGCUGAUCUGAGUAAGCCCAUAGACAAGAGGAUCUACAAAGGCACACAGCCUACAUGUCAUGACUUCAACCCCCUCACAGCGACAGCAGAGAGCGUCUCCCUGCUGGUGGGCUUCUCAGCAGGCCAGGUGCAACUUAUAGACCCAAUCAAGAAGGAAACCAGCAAGCUCUUCAAUGAGGAGAGACUUAUUGACAAAUCAAGAGUAACGUGUGUACGAUGGGUUCCAGGUUCCGAGAACCUGUUUCUGGUGGCCCACUCCAGUGGCAGCAUGUACUUGUACAACAUGGAAAACACCUGCGGCACCACGGCACCUCACUACCAGCUCCUCAAGCAGGGUGAAAACUAUGCUGUGCACACUUGCAAGAGCAAGUCUGCUCGUAACCCGCUGCUGCGUUGGACCGUGGGCGAAGGGGCGCUCAACGAGUUUGCCUUCUCCCCAGAUGGCAAGUUUCUGGCCUGUGCAAGCCAAGAUGGCUUUCUGCGAGUGUUCGGCUUUGAUGCUGCAGAGCUCCACGGAACGAUGAAGAGCUACUUUGGUGGCUUACUGUGUGUGUGCUGGAGCCCUGAUGGGCAGUAUAUUGUGGCAGGAGGGGAGGACGACUUAGUGACUGUGUGGUCAUUCUUGGAUUGCAAAGUAAUUGCACGGGGACAUGGUCAUAAGUCGUGGGUGAGCGUGGUGGCGUUUGACCACUGCACUACCAGUGUUGAGGAUGGAGAUCCGCCUGCUGAGUUCAGUGGGAGUGAUGAGGACUUCCAUGAGCAGAUUCAUUUUGGGGCAGGCAGAGAAAGAGCCAACAGCUCUCACUCUCGGCUCUCUAAAAGAAACUCUACGGACAGUAGGCCUGUCAGUGUGACCUACAGGUUUGGCUCAGUGGGGCAGGAUACUCAGCUAUGCCUGUGGGAUCUAACAGAAGACAUUCUUUUCCCACACCUCCCUUUGUCUCGCACGAGGACUCACACUAAUGUUAUGAAUGCCUCAAGCUCUCCAGCCACUGAACAAACAAUAACUACUGUAUCAAUCACCACAACCACCACCAAUUCAAGCGGCACCAACGGCAAAGACAACGUGAGCAAUAGUAGCUGCAGCGGCAACCCAGCUAACUCCCUCCCUGGCACUCUGCCUCGGUCCAAUAGCUUGCCUCACUCGUCCAACCCGGCAGGGGGCAGCACACCCAACAGCCACACGGGCAGCAGCUGCAGCAGCAGCGGCAGCAGCACCAAGGGGAUCCACAUCAUGGACGGCGCUUUCAUCGCCAACAGCGUCAGCAAGUUCGCAUCGCUGUCUUUGCACGACUCGCGGAAGGAGCGCCACGAGAAGGACCACAAGCGGAACUUCAGUUUGGGUCAGAUCAGCAACAAGAGCAGCGACAAGCUCAACCAGCUCAGCUCUUCACGAACGGCGAAAGCAGAGGCAGCUAAGACUCUGGGUACGACACAGUGCCCUCGCAUGGAGGAAGUGCCGCUUUUAGAACCACUGGUGUGCAAGAAGAUUGCUCACGAGAGACUCACUGUGUUAAUCUUCCUGGAGGACUGUCUGGUAACAGCUUGUCAGGAGGGUUUUGUUUGCACAUGGGCCAGGCCUGGGAAAGUGGGAUUACUGUCCUCUCAAAACAACCCAGCCAACUCCCCGAGUGGAACAGUAGUAUAGCCCCAGCGCAUGUGCUGCUGCUGAUGAGCGCUCCCAGCAUCAGAGACGAGGACGAUCAAGACCCCGCAGUGCUUCUCUUCACACACUGUAACACAGCACAUGACCUCCAGUGUCACAGGCGAUCUCAUCACUACAGACACACAUUUGUCUUCAUGUUGUUCCAUGGUUUUAAGAAGGCCGAUUCCGACCGAGCCAGGAUUUGAAACAAGUCCUCUUCUCGAGGAGGAGGGUUCAAAAGGUGCCGCUGGAGGAUAGAAGGUGCAUGUUAAACCUUCCAAGUCUUUGGGAGUGUUUGACUGGCGCACUUACAAUUUUUUUUUUUUUUUUGUCAUAUCAAAUUGUGUCUAGUCUGACGUGAACAAACUCUCUUACCCAAUCUCUUGUGCCUGUAGAUCUAUAAAGACUAGACACAUUUGUUGAUGCCUCUACUUAACCCACUGUUUGUGUUUGCUUCUUUGUGUUGAAUGAAGGGGAUGUACAACGGAGCUUUAGGGCCACGCAAAAAAAAAUAAAUUAAAAGCC